AUGGAGCUGGCGUGCGAUUCUUGUAGGAAGAAAAAGCUGAAAUGUUCACGAGAAUUCCCAAAAUGCUCGAAAUGCGCCCACAAUAAGUGGGAAUGCCACUACUCACCACGUCAGGUGAGGUCGCCUUUGACGCGUGCGCAUUUGACAGAUGUUGAAAAUAGACUUUCCCAAAUGGAAACGCUGUUCGAGGAAUUAUUCCCCGAUUCCAAUCUUAAGGAUGUCCUUGAUAACCCGAAGCGUUCCAAGCUGCGGCAAUUAGCUGAGAGCUCGAAGGCACAACUAUCUGUGUUUAAAGUGCAGAAAAUCUCCACUUUGAAAUCUCCGCUCUCGCAACAGCCUCCUCCCAACCAGCUACCCAAAGAUCCGCUCAAUGGGUACGAAUGGAGUGAGGAAAACGAUUCGGACGUUUUUAAAGACGAUGGAAUGGGCACAAUGAACGUAAGCAUAAACCACAAAGGAUUCUUUGGAGCAGGCUCCAACUCUGCGAUUCUACGAGCUCUAUAUGCCACUGACUCAUUGAUCGAAGUGCGACGAGAACCGCUGAGGACUCACGAUCUCAAUUCACUCGGCUCCGAAAUUGCGACGGCAACUUACGUGGACGCGUAUUUUACCUAUUUUCACCCCACUUUCCCCAUUGUCGAUGAACCCUCGUUUCGCAGAUGGUUCUCUAUCCAGGCUGCUACAUCUGCGACAGAUGCGUGGCAGAUUCUGUUGAAUGCGAUCUUAGCUAUAGGCUCCUGGUGCGUCGACGGAGAAAAUUCCUACGCCGACGUACACUUCUACAAAAAAGCGAAGUCCUACCUAAGCAGUACCAUGUUCGAAACUGGCUCACACUCACUUUUAGCUUCACUUGCCCUGCUAUCUAAAUGUGCCCGCAAACGGAAUAAGCCUAACGCUUGUUGGAAUUACAUGGGAUUUGCUGCUAGCAUGGCAGUCUCUCUAGGCCUGCAUCGGGAGGCAAACGAAGUUGUUCAAGUCGACCGCGCAACAUUAGAAAUUCGAAGACGAAUGUUUUGGACGCUGUACACGUAUGACUUUGAUAUUGCACUAGCUUUUGGAAGACCGCGUCAGUUUCCGGGCCUGAAGGACAUCGACAUUUCAUUACCAGCUGGUGUAGAUGUGGAUCAGCAGAUGACUGAUAAAUCAGCCGUCGUGUUUUCCUGUCUCGUUGAAAACGCAAAACUCGUUAAGCUUUCACUAGAAUUCUCAGACGAGACGGCUAUUUCUAACGGGGAAAAGAAGCCCUUUUUAAUUUCAAGCGUUCUCAAACUUGAAGAAAAAGUCAAGUCAAACGUUGACUCCCUGCCAAAUCUUUUCGGAGCCCAAUUUCAGCAAUGGCAAGCUAAAGUUGAUCCCCAAGGCACUUGGUUUCCUUUGUGCAAGUUUCGAAUUCUAUGGAUGUACCAAAAUCUUACCACGACGCUAUUUCGGCCAUUCUUUUUGAAUAUGCUAAGCGGACAAACAGCGGGUAUAGACCACAAGGACUCCGUUCAGUGUUUAUCUGUUUGUCUCAACGCUGCGAGCCAAACUAUUAGAUCGAUUUCUGACUUCAUUGAGCAAUACGAGCUUACAACUAUCUCAGCUUGGUAUAUCACAUAUUACUUGAUGAAUGCUGCAAUAAUACCCGCGGUAGGAUUGCUAAUAGAGCCGAUUGCACCUCAUGGCGGGAAUUGGAGACAGGAGAUCAUUCAGGCCAGAAACUGUUUCGAAAAGUUGAGCAGCAGAAACGCCACCGCUGAAAAAUUCAUCAAAGUGAUAAACAACAUGUGUGGUUAUUUGCUAAGUGACUUGGAUCAUCGGUUCCCGCGCUCACCGACUAUUGCCAACAUCCUACAGAGUGAAAACCCGCAAUUUUCUACGGCUACUCCCGCCUCGGCUAAUCUCAUGGAAUUCAUGAAUGUUCUGUCUCCAGCGGCCGCGGCCAAAUCACGACUCUCGUCAGAUACUGACAUGUUCCAAAUGGAGACACCUCCGUCUAAUACCUCGCCUUUCCCUGCAAAUAGACAAGAUAACACUAUGUUUCCCGAUUGGAAUGAUCAGAGCGUUCAAACACUAUUCAACAUCAACACAAAUGGAACAAAUGCGUUCAAUACAACAACAAUGGAUGAUAUUCUCAGGCAUAUUUUCAAUGAUGGCGAUUCGUAA